CGCUUUCACAGAACAGCUUGCGUCCAGCUUGACGAGAUCGACUACUUUUCUUCCGAAGUCACUCCUAUCGUAGCGCCAUCAUGUCGCGUCAACUCAUCUCCAGCGAGAAGUUUCCCACUAAACCACACAAUUGCCCCGCCACGAAAGUCCCAGGACUAGUCUUCUGUGCUGGACAAACAGCUACUGGAGAGAUCAAGCAAGCCACAAGAAAGGUUCUCCAAAACCUCAAAGAGGUUCUCGAGCUAUCCGGUUCGUCGCUUGAACAGGUUGUCAAAUAUAAUGUCUACCUUGCAGACAUGAAGGAUUUCGCGGCGAUGAAUGAGGUGUACAUCGACUUUUUACCUCAGCCGAUGCCUUCGAGAUCAUGCCUGCAGGCGUUACCUCCUGGUGAUGGCACCGUGAUUGAAAUUGAGUGCAUAGCCCAAGUUUGAAUCGGGGCGGAUUGAGUGGGAGCAUCGC